CGGCCGAUUUCAGAUGAAAGCUCAGCCAAAGAUUCAACUGCACUGUUGCAUAGUAUACUUUGUCCUUGGCGACAGCGUCAACAUCGCCCUCAACCCUUCCUCCCGAGAGACCCGCCAACCCACAGCCAUCCAUCAUGCUCCAGCACACUUCAGGACGUCUCAAGGCACCUCAGCUAGCCCAGGAGGCUGCUCGCAAACUUCAACCUCUCCGGACUCCCCGUGCACAACCAGACUCAGCUAUGCCGACUGUCAUUACGCCGAAGUCACUAAACGACGAGACCCCGAGCCGUAAAAUUCAGAAGUUCGCCGCCCAAUUCAACAUUGGGUACCCGACUGAAUUGCGCCUGCUGCGGCACCAGGGUGCCGACAAGUUCUUUGUGCGGGUUUCGCUGUCCAACCGUCAUACCUUCUCGACGUACCACCUCAAAUAUUUCACUGCUUUCGAGCACCCCUUCACCGAGAAGCUCCUCCAUUUCUACCGGCAACAGAAAGAGUCCAGGCCGCUAUGGUGCUAUGUCCACGCGUCUUCAGCGGACAGCAGUCGCCCGGUGGUGCGAACUACGAGCGAGAGGAUGGUCAAGGCUGCGCUCUUUCGGGCUUUGAACGCUGCCGGCUAUGAUGCGUCUGGCAGGAGUCUGGACGGUUCUGAAAAGGCCCUCCAGGGCACCAUCCGAAUUGCCAUAUCAGAGCCAAAGAAAGUCUUGCAGAUUGAGUUUGGCCAGCUGCAAGACUACUUGUCCCAGCUCUUGUCAAACAUUGUUAAGCGUCUUCACACUUUUUCGAAGCCUUCUCGGUGAAGCAAAGCACUAAUGCUGGAUCGACCCAAAUCAUUUGCGCUCAGCGGGCUCCGUCUGGCUGAACAAUUCCAGCCCUACUUGGCUAGGCUCCAUCUCGGAGCAGCGGUCGCAAUGCUCCUAGCUCCGGAGUCAGCAGUCACAGUCGGCCAUGGCAGAUCUCUUGUAUGGAUGGAGAGACUGGCCUUCGGUGCCCACCCAGCCUUGACCUCGCCAAUCGUACCAGAGUUGACAGGUAAUGGCGUCCAGAUGGAGACUCCGGAGCCGGGCAUUCCCCAAGCUCUGAGGUCAGUUACAAGGAUUGUUUUGGCGGGACUCUUGCAGAAUCGUCCUUGUGCUUGGAUCCUCCUGGCCGCAGCCGGCAAUUUUUCCGGAAAACGCGCUGUGAUUCCUAUGAUACCUCGGAGUCACGUCCGAAUACCA